AUGGCUGGAGCUGCAGCGUCAGCUCCGCCUAGGGAAGUCAGACCCCAAUCCACACACACCUCAACCCAAGGGCGGGGUUCGGCACCUGCUUCGAAAAUAACCCGGCAGGAUGCUGCCGACAUUCCGAGCAGCUCGAGGAAAGUUGCAAACACAGGCCUGGGGGGGUCGGCUAAACAUGUCCGCCCCUCGAAGCAGGCCUAUUAUGACAAAAAGGCGGCCAUGAGGGUCGUGAACAAGAUCGGGGACCUGCCGACAGAGCAGCUCACGGAGGAGCAGGUUAGGUCACUGGAGUGGGCGAGGGGAGUAGUAGCCAGCUUGGGAAGACCGGCAGCCGCUGCUCCAAAAAGGCAGCGGUCUGCUGAACAGGCAGGGGGUGGGGUCACCAAAAGACCAAGAACAGGUGGCCAUAAAUACCCCACUUUCAGGGACGUAGUGAAGGGAGGCGGUGAGGUACUGGCAAUCAUCGACAGAGGGGAGGAGGAAGGGACUAUCCCCAAAGAGAAGUGGAGGUUGGUGGAGGAAGCGAUUGCCGAAAUCUACCUCCAAGUCCUAGACGAAAAUCGUGGACCUCCUCCUCUCUGCCAUGAUUCCGGAUGGUAUCAGGGUAGAGCUAAACUCAUCGCCUGCGAGGACCAUAGGUCAGCCCAGCUCUAUAGGUUGGCCGUUAGUAAGGUAGGUGAAGUUUGGCCGGGAGCCAAGCUCGAGGCCGUCAACAAGGAAGACAUUCCUAGCAGACCGAGGGCUCGAGUUUGGAUUCCGGCCAGACCCGCCGAGCCUGAAAGAAUUGAGCGGAUCUUCAGAUCCUGUAAUAAGGACCUGCCAAGUCAUAAUUGGAGGGUAGGGAAGAUAGAGGACCCAGUAGAGAAUAGAAGGCAGGUGUUGCUGAUCCUCAACGCCGAAUCGCUAGCCCCACUGGCGCAAAAGUAUUGGACGGUGAGAUUCGGGUUCAAUGACGCAACCAUUCGAAUCUACCGCAGCGACGAGCCGAGGUUGGACCUUAGUGAGGAGAGCGACAAGUCCGGCCUGCGCAGCGGUGGUGAAGAAGGGUUGCCCAGCAGCCAAUGCUCAUCUGACUCGGAGAGGCUAUCCGGAUUGGGGCCAUUAUUCUAUGAAGAAGACCUCCUCGCCGAUGACACCGAGGGUGAGGAGAUCGAAGAGGCGGACGUGGAUGUCACGAUGGUGGAGGUAAAACGGACAGAUUCUGAUGAAGCUGAUCCAGAUCAACCUCCACCACUCUAA